GCAGAGAACCGGACUUGGCAGCGACCAAGAUCUCGAAGAAAGACUGACUGAACCCAGACUGAAGUUGAAGCUUCCGAGAGGCGUGCCAGGGCUGGACGGGGAAGCUAAGACAAGAGAAAAGGAUACAGAGAGAGAGAGAAAGGAGGGGGAUUGGGGAGGAGGGCGGGCACCAGAGAAUGAGAAAGAGAUCUUUGGGGAAGCAGCGAAGGCGGGUCCGGGGCUCUCCAGGUUGAGAAAGAGGGAGAAAAGGAAGGAGGGAGGGGAGGAGAGAGGGAGAGAAGAAAGGCGGCGGGACCCCUAGUCAGCACUCAAACUCCGAAAAAGUUGUUCGGGGCUCCCAACAGUCCCGGGUAGCCUCCAGUUUCACAUCUAGACUUGGACCCGUCUUUAAGGGGGAGGGGCCUACAUCUAUUCUCUCCCGCUCGGGUCGCAGCUAUCUCAGCCCCCUGCGGACACAGAUCUCCUGUAGUUUCUCCCCUUGAGGACUUAACCUUGUGGAUAAAAAGGCAAAGCAAGUAAUUUGGGAGUCACUCUCCCUUCCCCUAAGAGGCAAGUGAGAGCCUGGAGGGCGCAGUGGUCCUGCAGACUUAAGUUCCGGAGGCCGUGACCUUGGCCCUGUUUCAGAAGUUAAGCCGCCGCUGGGCGGGGGGCAGCAUGGCGGUGUCAGCGAUCACCGGCUUCUCGCUGGUCAGCCUCCUCAGCUUCGGCUACCUCUCGUGGGACUGGGUCAAGCCAGGCCACCAAGCUGAUGGGCCUCGGGCCUCUGCCGACAAGCCUCCUCCUUCGCCCUCGCAGUCUGCGUCCCCACCUCAGCCCCAUAUCAUCUUCAUUCUCACUGAUGACCAAGGCUACCAUGAUGUGGGCUACCAUGGCUCAGACAUCCAGACCCCCACCCUGGACCGACUGGCCGCCGAGGGCGUAAAGCUGGAGAACUAUUACAUCCAGCCCAUCUGUACCCCUUCUCGAAGUCAGCUCCUCACGGGCAGGUACCAAAUCCACACAGGGCUCCAGCACUCAAUCAUCCGUCCUCGGCAGCCCAGCUGCCUGCCCCUGGACCAGGUGACGCUGCCGCAGAAGCUGCAGGAAGUGGGUUACUCCACUCACAUGGUGGGCAAGUGGCAUUUGGGCUUCUAUAAGAAGGCUUGUCUGCCCACGCGCCGGGGCUUCGACACCUUCCUGGGCUCCCUGACGGGCAACGUGGACUACUACACCUACGACAACUGCGACGGGCCCGGGGUGUGCGGCUAUGACCUUCACGAGGGGGAGAGCGUGGCCUGGGAGCAGAGUGGCCAGUACUCCACGCUGCUGUACGCCCAGCGGGCCAGCCAGAUCCUAGCCAGUCACAACCCCCGCCAGCCCCUCUUCCUCUACGUCGCCUUCCAGGCUGUGCACACCCCGCUGCAGUCUCCCCGCGAGUACUUGUACCGCUACCGCUCCAUGGGCAACGUGGCUCGGCGCAAAUACGCGGCCAUGGUGACCUGCAUGGAUGAGGCUGUGCGCAACAUCACGUGGGCUCUGAAGCGCUACGGCUACUACGACAAUAGCGUCAUUAUCUUCUCCACGGAUAAUGGCGGCCAAACCUUCUCCGGAGGUAGCAACUGGCCCCUGAGGGGCCGCAAGGGCACUUAUUGGGAGGGCGGGGUGCGGGGCAUUGGCUUUGUCCACAGUCCCCUGCUCAAGAGGAAGAGGAGGACGAGCCGGGCGCUGGUCCACAUCACGGACUGGUACCCCACGCUGGUGACGCUGGCCGGGGGCAGCGUGUCUGAGGCAGAGGGGCUGGACGGCUACGAUGUGUGGCCAGCCAUCAGCGAGGGGCAGGCUUCGCCCCGCAUGGAGAUCCUGCACAACAUCGACCCUCUCUACAACCACGCCAAGCACGGCUCCCUCGAGGGUGGCUUUGGCAUUUGGAAUACGGCAGUGCAGGCUUCUAUUCGAGUUGGUGAAUGGAAGCUGCUGACCGGGGACCCUGGCUACAGUGACUGGAUCCCCCCCCAGACUCUCGCCAACUUCCCCGGCAGCUGGUGGAACCUGGAGCGGUUGGCAGAUGGCACCCGCCAGUCCGUGUGGCUUUUUAACAUCAGUGCUGAUCCCUAUGAACGCGAGGACCUGGCGGCCCAAAGGCCCGAUGUAGUCCGUUCCUUGUUGACUCGGCUGGCAUAUUACAACCGGACAGCCAUCCCGGUGCGCUACCCCGCUGAGAAUCCUCGGGCCCACCCUGACUUCAAUGGGGGUGCCUGGGGUCCGUGGGUUAGUGAGGAGGAAGAGGAAGAGGAAGAGGAAGAGGAAGAGACUGGGGAAGGGAGGGGCCGGGGUUCUCAUCGGGGCAGAAAAAAGUGCAAAAUUUGUAAACUUCGCUCUUUCUUUCGCAAGCUCAACACCAGGCUAAUGUCCAAUCGCAUCUGACGGGGUAGAAUAGGGGUGGGGGUCUCCAAUUUCAGCUCUUCCAUCAGCGCUCCUGUUCAUGACUGGGAAACUCUUAAAGAGACUACUGGUAUCUAAGCAAAAGAAAAAUGGGGGCUAGCUCGGCUGGCUGGGGUAGGGGAGUGCCUUAGGCAUAGUCUAUGAAAUGCGAAUAUCCCUCAGGGCUGGGAUGUCAGACACAACCUGAUUGGUGGUGAUACUUGCUGAUUUGUUCAAUUCCAUAGUCGCCAUCCUCCUGGAGCUUAGCAGCAGAGAUGAAGGGGUAGGAAUGUGGGUUCAGGACCUGACCUUAGAAUUAUUUCUAUUCCUGAAUCUGAGGCUACACUUGGAGGGAAGAAUGGAGUUUCUCUUCCAGGAUCAUCUUGUCUUCACCCAAAUAAAGUUUUCCCCAGCUUUAUCCGAUGAGAGCAAGGUUGGAGAGGGUGUGAAGGGCUAAAGUAUAGGGAAAAUAGUCAUGACAGGGUGGGUGAGCACUCAUUGGGCCUGCUACUAAAGGUGGUCUAUAUGAGAAGGGAAGGUAGAUUCGGUAGCCUGGGAUGUCCCUUUCAUCUCUCUGAAUCUGAUUCUAAGACCUGAGAGCUUCCUCCAUCUAACUAGUGUCUGACAAAUGGGGUGCUGCUGUUGGCAAAGGAAAUGAUUAUCAGUGACUCUUUGGUAUGUGCAAGCAUACAAGACAAUAAGCAUUAAGCAUCGACUGUGUACCAGGCUAAGCAAAUGAUCCUGAGCACAUGCAAACAUGUUUAGAGGUGAGGUCAUCGUACAAACGGGUGCAAAUAAGGGUGGCGUCAAUGAUACACACCUACAAGUAGUCUGUCCUGUGUAUGCCCCGGGCAUGGGGGAAGGGAAGCUGGGUGUGGAAAUGGGAGAAAUUGGAUGCAUAUAAGUAUAUCCAUGUGUGUAUGCACACGUGUUUGCGCACCCCGAGGGGCAGGCACACGGGGGGUGGGGGUUAAAAGCCUCUAAUGUACAGUGCGUUUUCAUUCUGCACAGCCUGUUCUGUGUUUCUCCCUCUAGGUUCCAGUCGGUGCUGCAUGUGUAGGCGAUGGCUCUGCUGUGAAUUUUGAAAAUAGUUAUUUUUGUCUCUGGCAAAUGAGGCCUGUUAGGACUUGUCAGCUCAGGGAUGAGCUGCAGGGGGUGGGGGGGGGAGGGGUUUUGCUGUCACAAAACCACAUUCAUUUAAAACUGGUCACUGAAGGAUUUUGACAGAGCCUGGGGGCCAAGGGCCAAGGGGAAUAGACUGAGCAGCCUGGAGAGCUUAAGGAGGAUGGGGAUAGAGAAAAAGUAGCCCCUCCUCUUCCCUCCAGCUCCAUCUUCCUUCCCCUAAAAGUGAAACAUCAGAUUGGCUUUGCCCUAGGGCUGGUAGGAAGAGGUCUGCUUGGGAAGAUGGAAGAUCAAUAUCUAAAGGAAUAUUUUUACCUGGGGCAAAGACAGGUUCUUAUUAGGGGUUGCCCUGUGUUGUGGCACAGACUGGCCAGCCUUGACACAUGGAUGCGGUUUCGGGAGGUGGGAAGUCUCCCCCUUCCCUACCUUCCUCACAAAGAUUAGGGAACUGAGGAGGGGCACCAUGAUGAAGGGACCCUGAGAGUGGCUGACAAGAGAAGUUUGGUGAUUGCACUGGGAACAAAGGGCUUCUCAUUGAAAUGAUGGCAGCCCCAUAAAGACCCCUAAUUGCUCUGGACCACUCUACCUAAUCUGGAUUUUGCUUGAGGCCCCACUGGUUUCUUCAGAAUGUGUUAAACUCAUCAUAAUGCUAUUAAUGUGCCUUGGAGGGACACAGGUCCAAUAAAGCAUGGAUGGCCAACAUCAUUCUGCUGCUCUUGCAGUUUGCUCACUAUCUGGGCCUCUCCUUUUCUCUCUUUAAUACCCCCCUCCCUGCCCUCAGAAAAAGUGACAGCAAUAUUUUCCUAGUGGCCACUGUAACCUACCUCUUAUCCUAAGGAAAAAUAGUCAAAGUCCGUCAAGCAUUAACUGAGCACCUAGCACAGGCAAGUCACUGAACUAUGUCCAGGAGAUAUAGUGAAUAAAGUCCUUGCCCUGUCCCUCAAGGAUGUGACAUUUGACUGGACAGCCAGAAGGUAUCUUGGGAUGAGGGAACCAUUUUUCUCUUCUUCCCUCUACUCCCACUCUUAAACAUAGUGAGUAGGAGGCAGUAUUGCACAGUGGAGUAGAUCAUUUCCCCGAUCCUAGAAGUCAGGAGAUCUGGAAUCUAAUUCCCUGCCCCGCUCCCUACUCAAGAUGACUUUGGGUACAUCAUUCCCCCUUCCUACGACUUCCUUUCAUCAUCUGUAAAAUGGAAUUGGAAAAUAGAAGAUCUCUGAGGUCCUGUCCAGUUCUGACUUUCUCAGAUGUUCCCAGGACACAAAUUUGACUUUGACCUGAUCUUAGAGGUGAGUGACUCCUGAGCCAGCCUCCUUAGAGGAAGCAUAUCAAUUGAGGGAUAGUGAAUAACAUCCUGGACUCGAAUCAAGAGCUGAAUUCAAAUCCUACCUCCAACACUUAACAAUGGGACUAUGGAUGAAUCAUUCCUAUUCAUUGAGACAAUUUCCUUCUUUGUAAAAUGAGAUGAAAAAUACCUGUCGCAUCUACCUCACAGGAUUGUUGUGAGGUUCAAAUGAAAUGUUUGUAAAGCCUAAAUAAAUGUCACUUAUCAUUCCUUCAA